GCAGGCGGACGCCAGCACCGCAUUCCUGCGUGCUGCGCGCGCAGGCCAAAUAGAGAAGAUCAUCAGCCUUCUCGAACAAGGGGUCGACAUCAACGUUAGCAAUGCUAACGGCCUGAAUGCGAUCCACUUAGCGUCCAAGGAUGGUCACGUGGAAGUUGUGAGGGAGCUCCUAGAGCGUGGAGCGGCGAUCGACGCCGCCACCAAGAAAGGCAACACCGCGCUUCACAUCGCCUCCUUAGCUGGACAGGAGGCUGUUGUCAAGCUGCUUGUACAGAAUGGAGCUCAGGUCAACAUUCAGUCCCAGAAUGGGUUCACACCCUUAUACAUGGCUGCGCAGGAGAAUCAUGACGGAGUUGUCAAGUUUCUCCUUGCUAAUGGAGCCAACCAGAGCCUGGCCACUGAGGAUGGAUUCACUCCCCUGGCAGUGGCCAUGCAACAAGGACACGAGAAGGUGGUGGCUGUUUUGCUUGAAGCAGACACCAGAGGCAGGGUACGGCUACCAGCUCUUCACAUCGCUGCUAAGAAAGACGACGUGAAGGCAGCUAACUUGUUACUUGAAAAUGAACACAACCCAGACGUGACUUCGAAGUCAGGCUUCACACCGCUGCACAUCGCCGCGCACUACGGCAACGAGUCGGUGGCGCGGCUGCUCCUGGCCAAGGGAGCCGACGUCAACUGCGCCGCCAAACACAAUAUAUGUCCGCUGCAUGUCGCUGCUAAGUGGGGCAAGGAAAACAUGGUGUCCCUGCUGUGCGAUAAUGGCGCUAACGUAGAAGCGCGCACUAGAGAUGGGCUGACUCCCUUACACUGCGCCGCGAGAUCCGGACACGAGAGAGUAGUUGAAGCUCUACUCGACAGAGGAGCUCCCAUCACUAGUAAGAGUAAGAACGGCCUGGCCCCGCUGCACAUGGCGGCGCAGGGCGACCACGCGGAGGCGGCGCGCGUGCUGCUGGCGCGGCGCGCGCCCGUGGACGACGUGACGGUGGACUACCUCACGGCGCUGCACGUCGCCGCGCACUGCGGACAUGCUAAAGUCGCCAAGCUGCUGCUGGACAGAAAUGCUGACGCCAACGCACGGGCCCUGAACGGGUUCACACCUCUACACAUAGCUUGCAAGAAGAACAGGAUCAAAGUUGUUGAACUACUUCUUAAAUAUGGAGCAAGUAUACAAGCAACAACAGAGUCAGGACUGACUCCACUUCACGUGGCAGCGUUCAUGGGUUGCAUGAACAUCGUCAUCUACCUGCUGCAGCAUGAGGCCAACCCUGACGUGCCCACCGUCAGGGGUGAGACGCCACUGCACCUUGCAGCCAGGGCUAAUCAGACCGACAUAAUCCGCAUACUCCUGCGCAACGGAGCCGCCGUAGAAGCCAAAGCCCGGGAGAGACAGACUCCACUCCACAUCGCCUCCAGGCUUGGGAACGUGGACAUCGCAGUACUCCUCCUGCAGCACGGGGCUGAUGUCAGGGCUAUCACUGCAGACCACUACAACCCUCUCCAUAUUGCUGCUAAACAACAUAACCAUGAUGUGGCAGCAGCUUUGAUUGAACACAACGCUCCACUCACAGCAACGACCAAGAAGGGAUUCACAGCUCUACAUCUUGCAGCUAAAUAUGGUAACUUAAAGGUAGCAAACCUUCUACUGGCUCAUGGUGCUUCACCAGACCAGGCUGGGAAGAACGGAAUGACUCCACUUCACGUCGCGGCACAGUAUGACCAGCAGGCAGUGGCUACAACACUGCUGGAGAAAGGAGCUGAUGCUAAGGCUGUAGCCAAAAAUGGCCACACGCCGCUACACAUAGCCGCUCGUAAGAACCAAAUGGAGACGGCAGCCACUCUCCUGGAGUACGGAGCGGUCGCCAACGCGGAGUCCAAGGCCGGCUUCACUCCACUACACUUGGCCGCUCAACAGGGCCACACAGAAAUGUGCUCACUACUCCUGGAGCAUGGCGCUGAGGUAGACCACCAGGCGAAGAACGGACUCGCAGCACUCCAUCUAGCAGCUCAAGAGGACAGGGUGCCAGUCGCCCAGCUACUCGUCAAGAAUGGCGCUGAGGUGGACAUCUGUACUAAGGGCGGGUACACUCCUCUACACAUCGCGAGUCACUACGGCCAGGCCAACAUGGUGAGGUACCUGCUCGAGAACGGAGCCUCUGUGAAGGCACAGACCACGCAUGGUUACACUGCUCUGCAUCACGCCGCGCAACAAGGCCACAUCAACAUCGUCAACAUCCUCUUGGAACACAAGGCCGACGCUAAUGCCACAACUACAAACGGCCAAACACCACUGGACAUAGCGUCCAAGUUAGGCUACGUGACAGUCAUGGAGACAUUGAAGGAAGUGUCGGAGCCGUCGAUAGCGCAGGCGUCGCAGGAGAAGUACAAGGUGGUCGCGCCGGAGACCAUGCUGGAGACGUUCAUGUCGGACUCGGAGGAAGAGGGGGGCGAAGACCCCAUCUUGAACGAUCAACCAUACCGGUACCUAACUGCUGAUGAUAUGAAAUCAUUGGGCGAUGACUCUCUGCCCAUUGAUGUUACCAAGGACGAGAGAACUGAAUCUGCAAUGAGCCACAAGAAUAUCAUGGAAAUUUCACAAGGUUCUGUAAACGGCAUGCCGUACCAGCCGCAGCAGGAGGUGGUGGUGAAGAGCGUGAGUCGGUACAGCACCGCCCACGCUCCCGAGGGAUACUGCUAUAACGUGGACCCCACACAACCCAAGAAGAAGCUACAGUGGAAAAACUUCUUGGUGUCGUUCCUCGUGGACGCCCGUGGAGGAGCCAUGAGAGGAUGCCGCGGUGGUGGGGUGAGGGUCAUCGUCCCCCCACUCUCCGCGCAGCAGCCUACCAGGAUCACUUGCAGAUAUUUAAAACCAUCCCGCAUCAACCACAUGCCGCCGCUGAUGGAGGGCGAGGCCCUCGCCGCCAGGGUCUUGGAGAUGGGACCUGUCGCUGCCAAGUUCUUGGGGCCAGUGAUACUGGAAGUCCCUCACUACGCGUCGCUGCGCGGCAAGGAGCGCGAGAUCGUGAUCCUGCGCUCCGACAACGGCUCGAGCUGGCGCGAACACAACGCCGACGCCACCGACGACGUCGUGCAGGACAUCCUGCAUGAGACGCUCGAGAUUGAAGAAACCAAUGAGGAAGAGAAAGGCUGGGACGCUCCGCGCGUCACCAGGAUCCUGACGCACGACUUCCCGCAGUACUUCGCGGUCAUCUCCCGCAUCAGACAAGAGGUGCAUGCUAUUGGACCUGAAGGUGGAAUGGUAUCCAGUUCGGUUGUGCCACAAGUACAAGCGGUCUUCCCUCAAGGCGCUCUCACAAAGAAGAUCAAAGUCGGCCUCCAGGCCCAGAUAAUAGACUCAGAGCUGACUGCUAAACUCCUCGGUCGAGGAGUAGCAGUAUCUCCCGUGGUGACCGUUGAGCCUCGAAGAAGGAAAUUCCACAAAGCUAUCACACUGAGUAUGCCAGCGCCUAGACCUCAUACCCAGGGUAUGACUAAUCAAUACAGCACAUCUUCAGCGCCAACUCUUCGUCUCCUGUGCUCUAUAUCAGGUGGGACGAAUCGAGCUCAUUGGGAAGAUGUCACCGAGAACACGCCUCUGACGUUUGUUAAUGAUUGCGUGUCGUUCACAACAACUGUGUCGGCUCGUUACUGGUUGAUCGAUUGUCGACACGUAGAGGAUGCUACUAAAAUGGCUACUGAAUUGUACAGGGAAGCGAUCCAUGUUCCAUUCAUGGCGAGGUUCGUGGUGUACGCGAAGAGAACGGACGAGAACCAAGCACAGUUACGCAUGUUCUGUGUUACUGACGAUAAGGAAGACAAGGCCUUAGAGCGGAUAGAACGAUUCAUUCAAGUGGCCAAGAGUCGGGAUGUCGAGGUCCAUGAAGGAAAAUCGAUUUAUCUAGAAUUUGGCGGCAAUUUGGUCCCAGUUGCAAAAUCUGGAGAGCAGUUGUCAAUACCGUUCCGAGCUUUCCGCGAGAACCGGGUCGCGUUCCCUGUGAUGAUUAAGACCCAGGACUUGGAGCCGAUAUGCAGGUGCCAGUUCAUGAGGGACCCCAAAGUGCCCAAGGGUGAACCUUCACCAGCACCGAUUGCGGUUCUGAACAUCAUGGUACCAGACGAGCCCACUGAGAGGACCUCACCGCUGCCAGCAGAUGCUGUGCCGAGACGAACUGAAGAACAGGAAUUGAUUUGGAGGCAACGGCUUAGUGACCCGAGGUUGGAAGACAUUUGCAACCUCCUGGGCAAAGACUGGGUGGCGCUGGCUUACGAACUGGGCGUCAGUGUCGCCACCGUCAACCAGAUCCAGGCGAAGCGCAUCACAGCGCCGGAGCAGGCGCAACUCAUGCUCAAGCUGUGGAAGACGCAGUCAGGAACUAAGGCACAAGACAAUUCAUUGGAGCUGGCGUUAUGUCGUAUCGGUAGAGACGACAUAAUAGCUCCGCAAUCGGACAUGAUCAACGAGAGACGUAUCCAAAGGAACAUUUAUCAAGAGAGACAAGCCUCAGAAGAAAUCGAGGCAUAUAAAGCGGAAGAAGACAAUAAACUAAAAGAGAAACUUUACGAUGAAGAUGAAAUACCCGAGCAUAGAGAAUCAGAACACGAUCAAGACGAAGCGAAAUACUCGCCAGAAGAGAAGUCUAUUGUGGAGAAGAGUGAGGUAGAACGAACUCCCACGCCAAGCGAGGAUAGUGAAGAAGACGAAGACGUGAAACGAAGUGUCGCUGAAAGAAAAGAACAAAUAACAAGGAAGUUAAGUUCGAGUAAGAUUCCCGCUUCCAAACAAAAGAAAGAAAUACGGGAAGAAAUAAUUGAAAUUAAAACACAAAUAAAACCAGAUAUAAAGAAAUUCCAAGAUAUUGAACAGCAGGUUAAAGAAAAAGAUCCAAAACUAGAAAGAACGCGAUCAAAAACAUCGCCAGAAAAAGUUGAAGAGGAACCAGAGACUGAAGUCAAAGUGGUCACAGAAGUGAGAGAAGAAAUCAUUGAAGUAAGGAAAGAAGAACCAAAACCAGUAGAACGUCCCGUUGAACAAUUUAGGAAAUUUGAUCCUUCAUCACCCGCGAAACCGACACCAAAACAUUUACAAAGGCAUAUGAGAAAUGAGUCUAUGAGAUUCCCAUCCGGAGACUUCUCAAAUGUUACUAUUACGCCAAGGAAAUCAAUCACAGCUGAAACUACAGAGGUAAAAGUUGUAGAAAGCAAAGUUGAUACAUUCACUAAAGAAGCAAUUUCUCAAAAAGAAAUUGCUACGUCUAAAGUCGAAGAGAAAUUAGACGAUGGCGAUAGGUCGCCUGAACUAGUGACAGAAGACGAGAAAGAUAUAGCUGAAGCGACGUUACGAGAUAAAAUUAGCACAUUUGAAUCCAAAAUGUCUAAAGAUAUUGCUGUAGACUUUCCUAAACCGAUAAUUAAAUUAACAAAAGAGGCUUUGAAGAAGCAUACCCUCGAACAAGAUCAAGGAAUUGAAUAUACCCAGGAAUUUGUUAGAGAACAAUCUAAACAAAUAUCAAGUAUGGAAACUCACGUUACGCAUAAAAUAUCGGUUGAAACCGAAAAACAUGUGGAAACAGUAAAAUCUGUUAAAGAAACAAUACAACACUUUGAUUCUAAAAUAAAACUAGACGAUAAAACAAAACCUUUCCCAAAAGCUAUGAGAACGGAUUCCACACUAGUCCAAGUGUCUUCGGAAGAAGAUAGUGAAUUCUUAAAAAAAUCCACUGACUCCGAGACAGAGACUGAAUCGCAGACCACUGUUAAAGUAGAUAAAGAUCAAAAGAUCAAAAUUAAAUUUGACAAAGAAGUAUUUGACAAAAAAGAAAUGCCUAAAGAUGAUGCCAAAGAUAAAAAGAAACCAAGUGACGAUGAUAAGAGGGAUGAUCAAGGUGUUGCUAUCAAAGAGCAAAAAUUGGAGAAGCAAAUGACAGAAGAAUUAAGAUCGAAAGUAAGUGAAGAAGAUAUUACAGAAACUCUAGAAGAAAAAGAUGUUUCGAUAAGCGAAAAGGUUAAAGAGAAGAUUGACACACAAGUGUCUAUAGCAAGUACAAAAUCUGAUUUGAGCAAACAUACAAAGACCGACUCUGUCGGAUCUGAUAUGCAGGAUUUGAUGGCACGGAAAAUAUCCCAAGAAUCCCCUGGCCAGUCAGCAAUAGACAAAGCCGACUCUCUGGCGGAUCUACAACAAAGCACUGAGAAAGACUUUAGCUUUAUAUCGCAAACUGAAUCAAAGGUUUAUUCCAAAGAUUCAAAACAUAGAAGUGAUUCGUUAGAUGAAGCAUCGCAAUUUUCCGACUUAGAAGAUCAGAUUGGCACUAGUCCUGCACAUAAGCCUGUUGUUGACAAGGAAAUUACUGAAACAGUGAUGAAAACUGAAGUAAAAACUGUCACUACAACUGUGAUGGAUAAGACUGAAAAGGCAGCUAGAGAUCAAACUUUAGAAUUCUUGAAGUAUGAAAGUGAAUAUAGUGCGCAAGCGCAUGUGCCUGCUACGCUUGAGCCGAAAGAUACUGAGAAGGUUACACCGAAAGAAUCUCCGGUAAUAAGUGCGAAAGCGCGUCAAUUCAUUGAAACAGUUCCUGAAGAUGAUUCAGUACAGGAAUGCUUCUUUUCGAAGCGAAUUUAUUCAGACUCUUUAGAAGACUCUGAACACACAGACUCAAGACGUCACUCUGAAGCGGAGUCAUUGAAAUCAGAUCAAUCUGAUACGAAGGCUAAGGUAUCGUCAUCUGAUUUCGAUGAAAGAGCUGAAUAUGAAGAAGCAGCCGAUUCAGGUAGUGGAUUCGGCGACGAGAAGUUCGAAGAGAGUGUAGGUUUUACAUCUAUGAGAAUAGAUGUGAAGGCACUCGAUUCUGAAAAGCAAGAUUCUGAAUCAGAUAAAGUUGAUGAACCCGAUGUGGUCUUUAAAAAGAUGCCACCAAAGCGUCACUCAAGGACUGAAUCUAUUUCAAUAACCAAACUUAGUGACCUGGGAGAAGUGGAACCUAAACCUGUACAAGAAUUCCAAAUGUUCGUUACCGAAGCCGAAGAGAUCGAUAAAUCCGAUAAAGAAGAAGCUUCCGAUAAAAUAUCAUCCGAAGACAGCAGGGAAAUUGAAAUCUCGGAUAGAAAAUCAUCAGAAGGUAUAUCGGACAAGAUAAGUUCGGAAGAUGCUGUGACGGAAAAGAAGACUUCUUCCGAGGAAGAUAUUGCUAAAGAAGGAGAAAUAAUUGAUCACGAAAAAGCAAUCGUAAAAGAAACUAAAGAAAUUGAAGUUACUGAAGUAAAAACUCAAAUUUGUAGAGAAGAAACUAUUGAAAAAGUUGAUGACAGUAAAAGGCAGUCUGUCACAUCAGCAGGAUCGGGAUCAGUGGGAGAAUUGAGGUUAGAAGAAAAGAGGCUAUCUGAUGCUCAAAGUCUGACUGAAUCAAGGGAUUACACUUUCGAAGAGUCAGAGGACGAUAUUGGAACGCAAGGCACUCACGUAGAUAUAUCGAAAGAUAAAGUCGAUCAAAAGGUUGAACAGGAUAAGGCUAAAACGAUACCAGGAAAAUUAUUUGAACAAGCCAAAAUUGCCAAAUUGGCUCAUGGUGAUUCGCUUGAUGAUGUAGAAGCAUUCCCAGAUGAUUACGUUCACAAACUUCCACAUAUUUCGGAAAUUGGCAGUAUACAAGAUAGAGAAAUUAGUAGCGAUUUCCUUACUAAGGAACGUGAAGAGCAACAAAAACGUGAGGGUGUUAGAGUUAUCACAAGUACAUUCAUCGAAACCGUGCAUCCCGUAAAGGAGGAAAGAAUUAUAGAAUCAACAAUAUCCCACGAAAAAGCUCCAUUAGUAUUCACUACUAAACAGACAGAAACUACAUACACAAUUACGAGAAAAGAAGAACCAACGGUGGUCACAGAAGUUACUACUGUUAUAAAGGACGUAGGAUCGACUUCUGUGGAAGAACGCAUUGAGACUAAGACACAUACAGUUACUGAAGGUAAAUUUGAUGUGUCUAAAAUACGUACGGAUACUCUUGGUAAAUUUGAUAUGGAAGACUUCGAGGAACCGAAAGAAACUAAAAGGUUUGUACCUAAAGACUUGGAUUUGAAAGAACUUCCAGAAAUUACAAAAGAACAAGUCAAACCUGUGAUUGAUGAUAUUCUACAAAAAGGUACAAUUGCGGCAGCUGCUAGGAGUCCAGUCACAGAUAAAGAUAUCAAAACAAAAGAUCUUAUAGAAUCUGAAAAGAGGUCUUAUGACGCUAAAGUACCACAAAAAGAGGAGCGUAGACAUUCAUGCAUAAGCCCAGCAAUUUCACUUGAAAGAAUCGCGGAAUCUGAAAUCGAAACAGAAGAAGAGGCUGCAAAAGCCGUCACAACGGUCGUGUCUGAGACUUAUGAGGUGACAGAAGUUAAAACUGAAUUGAAAAAAUCCGACUCCGCUAUGAAACAAAUGGCUGAUAACAUAGAAAUAAUAAUUAAACAAGCUUCAGAAGACAUAGACCUUUCAUCUGAGGAACAAAUAAUCGAACCUGUUCAACCGCAAGAUAUUGCUGGACAAGUUUCAGUAGAUUCGAUCAUAGAAGAGGCUGUAACAACAGUUGAGGGAUAUCUAGAGUCCUCUAAAGAAGCAGAAGAAAAAGAGUCUGAAGAAAUGAAAGAAAUUAUGUACGAACAGACGACAAAAAUUGUGAAGGAACGUCCAGGAUUAAUGAAAUCGUUGUCUAAAGACAGCGGUGAAAUUGUUAUAAUGCCGAAAAAGAAACAACCUAGGACUUUCUCAGUACAAAGCUCCCCUGAUGAAGUUGAAGAGCAAAUCUAUACUGAUUCUGAAUCCGAUAUGGACAAAGCAAAAGUUCUAGAAAUCAUAGAACCAACCUCUGAUUUAGAAGGCAAAUUGCCGACAUCCAGUUUUGACACCAGGAAAAUCAGGACAGAUUCAUUAGAUGACGCUGAUGACUUCCCUGAAAAAGAAGCUGAUGUUUUUGGUGAUGAAGAGAAAUUUCCCGAAGAAAUCUCAGAAACAUUCUCAGCCAGAUUUGAAGACAAGAUUGAACCUGUACCAGUUUCUGAGCCAAGCACAAGCACUUUGCCCCAUGAAACAGAUGACGAUAAGUCGAAGGAUAAGUUUGUUAAGAAAACGCACUUUGUUGAUAGCUUACUGCGCUCUGACUUAGUGUCGAAGUCUACUACUGAAUCUUCAGUAACAACGGUUAUAUCGACAUUAACAAAAUCCUCCGAUGAGGAGCAAAAAUCCGUUCUAGAAGAUGGGACCUCUGCUGAUUUUUCAAAGAUAAGCGGAGCUGAUUUAGUUAAGGAUCCUUCUAAAACAUCGUUUGAUGCUAAAGACGAUUCCAGGAUCGAUGAGCAGGGUGAAGAUAGAGGAACUCCUGAUUUAUCAAAGAAAUCCCUUGACUUGACAAAGGAUUAUUCAAAAUCUUCAAUUGAUAGCAAAGACACAUCUAGAGACUUUGCUACAAAUGAGCUAUCCAAAGAUUCUACUGUAGAUUUAACGAAAGAUUUCUCAAAGGCUUCAGUAGAAAGUGUAAAGGAGACGUCUAAAUCAAUCGAUGAAAAAACGUUCUCUGAAGAUCACUCUUCAUUUGACGUUUCAAAGACUUUAGCUUCAGACGUGUCCGAUGGCAUGACUAUCAGCAGAGAAUUCAUUGAAGAAGAAAGAUCAGUUUCCAGAGUUAUUAGAAUAUCAACUAGUUCAUCUCAAGAAACUUCUAUUAUGACUGAAAGUAAAUUUGAGCUUGAAGACAAAUCAUUAGACAAAACGAAACCUUCCGAUAAAACAGACAAAGUUGAGGAAACAGAAGAAAAAAUAACAUAUGAUAUUAAAAAAGAUAAUAUAGAAAAAGAACCUGAGGUUAUUGUCAGAGAAGAAAUAGAAUAUAAAGUAGUAAAGAAAAUAGUACCGAGUGACAGUAUUGAAACUUCAGAAAUAAAGGAUAUUAAAUCAGAGGAACCUAAAGUCCCACAAGAAGUUAUCGAAACUGGUGACAAAAUAAUAAAAGAAAAAGAAGUUCAUAAAAUGAUACCUGAAACCCAGAAAAUUAUUAAAGUGACGGAGAAAUUUAUGGAUCAUGAACAUAAGGAAGGUGAAAUAAACGGAACUAUGGAACCAGUAUCGGAAACAAUAGAAACUCGAGUAUUCGAAACCAUUGUAAAGGAUAUAAAAGUAGUUACAACAGAAGAUAAAUCCGAAAAAACAACGGAAGUCACUGCAAAACCUGUGGAAAUCGUAGAAAAAGCGGUUGUAGAACUAAAAGUAGCGGAAAAACCUGCAGAAGCUGUUACUAAAAUAGAUGAAAAAUCUACCGAACUAUCGGAAGAAGCUGUUGCAAUCCAAAAAGAAGCAGAAGACGAAGUACCGGAUAUGAAAGAACUUAACCGAAGAUGUUCGAAUCUUCUGGAAGAUAUAUCUCAAGGAGCACUUAUUAGGAUUGACUCUAGUCAUGUUACUCAUGAUCUUGCAUCGAAAUUCUCUAAGACACCGCCACCGUCCCCUGUAGACCUCAUUCUGAAGGAUAAAGCCAAGACAGAAGAUGGCACAGAGAAGCAGACCGGUGGACUUCAGUUGCGAGGCUCCGAUUCAUCCUUCCUGGACGCAAGUCGCCACUCGCCGCGGGCUUCUUCCGCUGGCGACAGCGUGUUGAGCGAAACAGAAGCUCACCAAAGCGAGGUACUGCUGGAAGCAUCUAAAGCGCUCACUGAAGCAGCAAGACCAAAGUCUCCUGUCAAACAUGUGGCUGACAAUUUGACCUUUGUGAAUGUCGACCAGCCUACGAUCACUAGUGGUGCCAUAGAACUUGUUGAUAGAACUAUCGAAAAGAGUAUAGAUGUUAUUGAUCAAAUCAAAAAGGAACAACUUGCCGUAAAAAUGGAAGAAAUGCAAAAAUCUACCUCAACAGACACAUUUUUCUCUGAGUCUAGAAUUGAAACCUCAACUUCUUCAUCAUCAGUACAUAAAACCUAUGAAGGUGGAGAAUUAAAAUUCCAAUCCAUUGAUCCUCAAGCAGUCAUGUCGGAUAUGGUUGCCAAGUUUGGUACUACUGAUGAUUUUAGUACUAUUCUAUCACAUAAAGAAACUGAGACUAGGAAAAUCUCAGGCCAGGAGUUCUUCUCUGAAACCAAGCAAGUUUCAUCUUCCGAUGAUGAUUCACUUGUGAUAAAAACAGAAACAACUCAUGAGUUACGAGGUCAGGAACAUGAAAUGAAAGAAAAGACUACAGUUCGAAGGGACGGAGACCAAACAGAGACUUUACAAAAGAAAUUAGAAAAGGCACAAGAAGCCACAGCGAAAAGAUCAGACAUUGAAACAAAAACCGUAUUCAAAAGCACAGAUGAUGCAGAUAUAAUAAAAGUUGAAAGAGAAUUCACAGAGCAAGGUCUCUAUACAGGUAGACAAACAAAAUCGGAAGAAAAAAUGACUGCAUUAAAAGAUGAAACUGUAAAGAAGAAGCAUGAGCUUAAAAUAUCCGAACGUGACAUGUCUCAUGAGCAAUGGGGUAAGGAAUAUUUUACUGAACCAGGAGAAUUAGAAGACAUUGUCGAGGAUGAAGAUGGAAAAACUAAAGUGGCGUUUGUAGACUCCGCAUUAAAAAUAGUCGAAAAAGACGAAGUUGUAUCAAGUGUAGAAGUUACGGCAAAAGGAAAAGUAAUUAGCUCUACUGUUGAGCAUCAUAAAGAAGAAUCAAUUAUUGAAAGUAAAGAACACGACGAUUUAAGCUCCGAUGCAUCACAUGCCCCCAGUUUUAAGAGUGAACCAACAGAAAAACGUGAUUCUUCUGAAACGAGUCCGAAAAGCAAAUCAAAAUCAUUCAAAAAAGAUGAUGAAGUCUAUGAAGUCGACUUCAUCAAAGAGAUAAAAGUAUCUACAUCACCAGUUAAAAGUACGUUUAGUCGCACAGGAAGUCAGGAUACCCAUUCGGAGUCUGAAAUGGCUCCUGAGCUGCCGCAUGACGAUAGAACAGGAGAGACUCCUAAGAGAGAAAAGCCUACUAAGUCGCCAAUAAAAUUACCACAACAACAAAUACAAGACCAAGUUUGGGAGGUAUCUAUCCAAAAAGCAGAUUCUUUUGAAGUUGCUGAUGAUUCACCGAAACCACCAAAAACUGAUACAACUUUCGAAACGUCCAGUACAAUAUCAAAAGAGACUGAAGGGGAAACUGAUGUAGAAAUAAGAACUGUUAUAGAAACAAGGCCUGAAACCACUAAGACUCCUUCCAAAACUGACAUGUCACCAAUAACAUUUGAAAUAUCCGAAGAAGUGAGUACAACUUCCAAAGACAUCAUGAUAAAAUCUGGUGAGAGUGCCGAUACUGAAUGCAUGAUCAAAUCUUUAGAAUCUCAUGAAGGAGAAAUAUUGCAAAAAUCUAUGGAUUCCACAGUAAGCGCUGAAACUUUACAGCCGUCUGAAUUUUCUACAGAAGCUGAUUCAGCGUAUUUGACUGGAACCGAUCAUAAAAAAGACGAAAUAAAACUAUUUAAAGAAAAGAGUCUUGAAGAUAUUUGCAGUAGCGGAUACGAUACAGAUUUCUCUUCUGCCGAGUUUCAUAUAACGAAACUCGAAUCAGAACGAGUAGAUUUCGAUUCGCUAAUGUCUGCUCAGCCACUUGCUGACUUGUCAGUUUUGGAAAAAACUAUUGAUGAAGUCAAACAGUCUCUUGAAGCAGCACAAGUUGAAAUAAUCAGUGAAAAAAGUGACGGAAGUAUCAAAUACAAACAAUCUCCUUCAGAAUUUCAAUUCAAAUUAUUAAUCAGCCCUGAUAGACCUGAGGUUAUUACAGAAGAACCACAACACGAUGAUCAUAAGGAAGUUGACAAAACGCUUACACUGACUGAUAAGGAUGAAAAACUAUUAGACAGUCAGAUAUCUGAUACUAGUUCACAAAAAGUUAGUUCUCAGGAAGAAGUAACAACAUCUGACGACGACAAAGAUACAGUUCAAGUCAAGGAGUCAAGCCCACCACUAGACGCAGCUGAUAUUUCUAUCAGAUCUUCAGACAGUGGUCCUCAUUCAAUAUUAGAGACUGAAAGUGAAAUUGUACUUUCAGAUCGAGAUAGUUCCUCAAAAGAUAGUCCCGAAGUAAAACUACGUGUACAAAAACAUAUCAAAUCUAAACUAGGUAUCGUAGAGCGUAGAUCGGCAUCGGAAAUCGAAGGUUGGUCUAGCUCUGGUGAAAGUCACUAUCAUAGUUUUGAGCAUUCUGAAGGCAGGCCAUUGUCUUCUGACAUUGAAGUUAUGAUGACUGCUCAGAGUGGAACUGAAUUUGACACAGCCUUAACUAGUCAUGACGUAUCAUCGCAAUCCUUAAGAACUUCUAAAGAUUAUUACACGGCCGGUAGCUCACUUGCCUCAAGAGAUAGCAUGAAGAGUUUAGACUCAGAUGGUUCAAGCCAUGUUGCUAGCAUAGAUAUAUCAGAUGCGUCGGAAACUCUAGUUCCAUCAGCAAAUGAAUUAAAAGAAGAGUUAAUGGAAAGUAGCACGUAUGUAGAACAAUUUCUCCAUGAAGGUGAUAAGGACCACACGCCUAAAUUGAAGGACGCAAGUGACGAAGAUGUUUCUGGUGACGAAGAAGAAGGUAAAAUUGAUGUACUAGAACCAAUAGGAAAGAUGAAACGCUCGCACGAAAUGCGAUUCCAGCCUAAAGAUUUAAUACCAGAACAUUUUCCUCUUGAAAGCACCUCUGAGAGCAUUGAGAUUGAUGAUGACUCUUCAAAAGAUAAAGAAGGCUCCGAUACUACGAUAUCAAGUCAAUUUAAAACAGAUGAAAUUCUGUCGUCAUCUAUUUCAAAACUUGAUAUGCCGUCAUCACAAUCUCAAUCUGAAUUAGAUCUUGACGAAGUGAAAGAACAGGUUAGUAAAGUAACUUCUCUUAAAGAUGAAGCUAUACCUUUCAGUGUUACAAAAAUUGAAAAGGUCCAAAGAGAAUUUGUUGAUGUCGAAAGUGAAAUAAUUCCAGUCGGUUCUUCUGAAUAUGAAGAAAUAACAAAGCAUGGUAGUAUAACUUGCACAAGCAAGAAAUCAGAUGAUGCCGUUAUAACGAAGAAAACUAUACAUACUGUAGAAAGUGCACCAACAGAUAAAGUGACAGAAAUUAUAGAGGAAUGCCAAAAAAAGGUAAUCCAAGAAGUGGCUGUUAUACCUUUCCCCAAGACAGAAGUUCCACCAAGUCAAAGGGAAUUCGUUGACAUUGAGGACGAUAUUAUACCUGUAGGAUCUAAACAAUACGAAGAGAUUUUGAAAUCAAAAAGUGAUUCAUCCGUGCCCAAGACCAAAGUUGAAAAAUCGGGGGUAAAGACACCUGAAUCAGACCUAGAAAGCAAGCAAAGUUCAAUGUCCAGUCUAAAAACACACGAAACUCCACAAACUCCACUAUCCGCACCAAGUCAGAGUUCUAUAUCAACUGAUAACGGUCGAGAAUAUAUUUUAGAUGAUAUGUAUGACAUAUCAGAAACACCCGAAUUAAAGUCCGACUUAGUUACUGAAAUUAGCAAGUCGGAACUCGUAGUAACUACUGAAGAAAAAUCUUUGCAAACUUAUGAAAAAGAACAAGAAUCGCCUACCAGUGAUGAAUUUGAAAUGGUUGAUAAACCAAGUGAAAUGGAUGAUUUCGUUGUAAUUGAAGAAGUAGCUAAGGAAGCACAAGAAACUGACACCGAAGGCAAAAGUAUGCAAAUUCAAUCAACGAAAUAUAUUAAAAAGCAUGACACAGAAGUAGAAGAAUACUUAUCUAAAGCGUCAAAGAAACAAGAAAGCACCAGCAGUACGUCUGGUUCGUUAUCAGACGAAGAAAUGCUUCAAUUUGAAAUAGAACAAAAACGGUUACAAGCUCAAGAGCUUGCUGAAAUUGAAGCAGGCAAACGCUGGAUUCAAAUGAGAUUUGAAGGUGAUCCUCGCUACGAUUAUGAAAGAGUACCUCUAGAGGACAUCAAGGAAGAAGAAAUGACUGAUUUUGAUGCGAGCCGUAUCGGUAGCUUAAGUUCUCAGAAAGAGUCUAUCGGAAGCUUUGGUAGUUUUAGAAACUCAUACGGCAGCCUAUCGGAAUCAGAAAUGGCGUCCCGUAUUAGAUUUAGAGUAAGGGGUGAAAAUGAUGAUAUCUCUAUUAGCUCUUUGCAAGAAUUUGAAAAUCUCGAAAGAGCUCUAAUGGAACAAUAUCAACAACAUUCAUCUUCAUCACAAGACUCCUUGAACGGUUCAUUGCCGAGGCGUUAUAUUUUAAGCCGGAGUCAGGGAGACGACAUAUCAAUUUCGAGCUUAAAAGAGUUUGAAGGUCUCGAGUCGGCUUGCCUAGAGGCUUUGAAGGCCGAAAUACUUGCCAAACAAAAAGAAGCUUUACUAUUAGCUGAUCCUAAAGAAGUUAGUGGCAGCUUUUUAGAACGAGAGAAACGUAGUUAUAGUGGUAGCUCGGAAAGCAGCCCUCCUCUAAAAGGAGGUAGUCCAGGCCAAAAGAGUGGGAGUCCAUCUCAGAAGGGAGGAAGCCCAUCUCAAAAACCAAGCAGUCACGGGAGUCCAUCACAGAAAAUGCUGACCGAUUCAGCAGCGAUUAGGAAACUCAUCGAUCAGCAAAUGGCUUUAGAAGCCAAAUUGCAGGAGCAGGUGGUGCCUAAAGUUGUAACUGUUAAGAAGUUUGAUGAGAGAGGUGCAUUCUUUGUACCUGAACCCGAGCCGGAGGCAGAAACAUCUUCGCCUAAACCCACUGAAGUGACCGAGGAGUGUAAGAAAUCGUCAUCCUUUAUAUGCGCUUCGGCACCGAGCGACGGCUCCGCGGAAUCUAUACCAGGAGACUGUGAAGAAAUGAUGAAACUUCUCGAUCAAGAAGAAAAAUCAAAGACGUCACAACCAGUGACACGAACAUUUACCGACGGUGGAGUGAUUGAGGUAGUAAGAACCACUACAGUGAUCCAGCAGAAAUUUGUAGAUGGGAAGAAAGUGUCAGAGACUGUAACAAGUACAGAUGACGCACCAGCGAGCGCAAUGGACAUUCCAGCUAGACCAAGACAACUGGAAGAAAGCGCGAUGUCUUAUGGCUCCGAAAUGUCAUCAUCGAUAACAUCCCAACCCUCGGAGAUGGACAGUUUGAUGACUGUGAUGGAGAAACACACUUCAGAUGGCGAAGUUGUGACGGUUACAAAACACACGAUAAUAAUGACAGAAAAGCCUGAAGAUCUAGAGUUCUCGCGGGAGGGUAGCUUGGUGCGUGAGCUGUCGCCCUCCUCCGGGAGGUCGAUAGCUCACAGCGUGCACUCUUCGAGCAAACUGUUUACAGAUCCCGCUAGUGGGUCGUGGAGCGGACAGGACGAGGAGUUGAGCUCUUCGGGGAGUUUUAGCAGGGGCGCGCGAGCUGACGUGAUGCUGGGCAGCACCGACAGCUUAGAAGCAACCAGCUCCAACGCAACAAGAGCAACUUACAACUACGAGAUCGACACUCCGAUGACAGGCAGCCUCACCUCUGGUGGGUCGAACACUAUGGUGUCCUCCCUCGACACCCUGGACCCCAUCACGGCGGUGCAGAUGGAGAGCUUGGAACACCAGUCGACGAGCGAACAGUGCUCCAAUUACGAAGUACACGAACCGGAUUCAGAUACAGAACGAUUGGAACUUGACGGCAAGAUACCUAAAGCAAAGGAGCGAACCAUUAUGUUCGACAGCACCGACACGCUAAGCGCCGUGAGCGGAGACGGCUCGGUCAGGGAGGCCACCGUUGAAGCACCAGCGGCUACCUUCUACAUCGGAGACACUCCUAUUGUCAGAGGUGAAAGACGAGAAGAAGAAGCCGAGCCCCAACAUCUGUCUGGCAGCUGCCCAGCAUCCCUGCCACCUGCAACGCAACCGUCACCACCUAUACCCGCGCAGAGAAGAUCUCUGACAAUGAUUGCGAAGUCACCACACACUAGUCUAGAAGAUGCUGCGAAGAAAUAAAUAAAAAAAUGUUUAAAAUUACAUUUUUGUCCUAUUCCUUAAGAUCUUUUGAAGCUACAAAGGCUUUGGCAAACCAUGCACUGUACGCUAAUUUGACAGUUGUUACUUAGAUAAACGCGUCCUAUAGUUAACUAAUGUAUGUUAAGAUUAAAAUAGAUAACUGAUCUUUAGGCUUUAACGUCAAAAAUAUCUUCGUGGUUUUGAAAAUUGAAUGAAUAAACUCGACAUAACUGAAACUGUCUUCUGGCAAAUGUUGCCAAAUUAACAUCAAUAUUAGAGAAUCUUAGGAGUUUCAUAAUCGAUGUCCAUUAACUAGGAAUUCCUCAUGAGAAUUGGAUUUAUAAUGUAGAAUUUUGCACUAUUGAUCAUUGUGCUGUUUCUCCGUCUAGAUCAUUCUAGAACUGACACUAUUACUAUUGAAACUAGUCUGAAAAGUACUGAUCCAGUCAUUUCAUACGUACCUGGAAUUGCGUCAACCUUGACAUUUCUAAAUCGGAUCUGAUUGUCUCUUAAUAUGUUGUCUCUCGGGCGCAUAUUUUCAAUUUUUGGAUUGUAUUUUGGUAAAGAUUUUGUACUGACGUCUGAAGACGAGGUCCAUUGUCCUUCGAACUUUUAGAUAGCUUAGCUCAGGUCUGCUUCGACACACUAGAGUGUUUUAUAAUUACGAUGUAAGUAGUUGGGUAUAAUUUUGAUAUGCGAAUAACAUUUCAAACUUUCUUGCAUUCAAGAUGGGGCUAUGUUCAUUCUUUGCGCUAUUUAUGAAAGGUAACGUAUGAGGAAUUAAGGUGGUUUUUGUACGUUUUUAGUUGUUUUUUGUAUAUUGUUAAUAAAAGUUAUUUCGUUACUUUAAAUGGUCGUAGAUGUGUUAGAUGAUCAGAGAUUGCUCUCAAAUAAUCGUUACUUGUGAGGGAAUGAGAAGAAUUUGCGUGGCCAGAAUUUGUAAAUUGAUUUAUUAAAAACAGUAGAAAUUCUCAAUAUAAUAAGAUCUGACUUAAACUAUUUCUAAUUUAUCUUUUGGAUGUUUGGUAGGAAGGAUUAUGAGAGGGACUAGGAAUUAAAGGAAAAUGAUAUUUUCCAAGGAGAGCCUCCUGGAUGAAGGGAAAA